AUGGGAGGCCGCCUGGGCUCCGGCCUCCAGCUGCCCUCACGCUUCCGCCUCUCAGCCCCACAGGGCCCGCGGCGGGGGGUGGCCAUGGAGCUCUGCCCGGAAGAGCAGUACUGGGACUCGCUGCUGAACACCUGCGUCUCCUGCAAACCCAUCUGCAGCAGCCAGAUUCCGCGCACCUGUGCUGCCUUCUGCAAGUCACUCAGUUGCCGCGAAGAGCAAGGCAGGUACUAUGACCUGCUCCUGAGGGACUGCAUCAGCUGUGCCUCCAUCUGUGGACGUCACCCCAAGCAGUGCACACACUACUGUGAGAAGACGCUGAGGAGCCAAGUGAGCCUCCUACCAGAGGUCAGGAGACAGCGGGCCGGAGAGGCCCCGACCCGAGCAGACACCCUGGGGAAGCACCAGGUGCCAGAGCACAGAGGCUUGGAUGCGGUUCCAGCGCCUGCAGGGCUGAAGCUGAGCGCUGACCAGCUGGCCCUGGUCUACAGCACGCUGGGCCUAUGUCUCUGUGCCAUCGUCUGCUGCUUCCUGCUGGCCGUGGCCUGCUUCCUCAAGAGGAGGGGGGUCCAGGUCUCCUUCCCGACCCGCCCAGGGCCGUGUCCCACGCAGGCCAAGGCCUCCAAGGAUGAUUGGAUGGAAGCCGGCCGCGUGGCAGGGACGCCUCCCGAGCCAGUGGAGACGUGUAGCUUCUGCUUCCCGGAGUGCAGGGCGCCCACCCAGGAGAGCGCAGGCGCGCCCCCGACACCCGUGUCCGAGCGCACAGGGAGGAGGGCGAGCCAGGAACAGAGCGCAGCCGGACAGCCCUGCGUGCGCGCUGCGAACGGCGGGAUCGAGGUGGUGUACACACCAGCGCAGGAAGGAGGCCUGGCCACGUGA